AUGAAGGAGCAGGCCGGGUUUGGCCCGGAGAGAAACCUGGGGUGGUUUGAGUGUGAGAACAAGAUUAUUAUCAGAGCAAGAUCGGGUCAAUUAGAAACUAGAGGAGUAGAUGAGAACCUGGAGCUCGGGUCACAGAUUAUUCUUUACAUUGUUCUUAAACUAGUAUUGGCCUGUGCUCAACCUGCCGCCACACCUACGCAUAUAUUCAGGCCAAUAGGAGACAAGCAGCUGCCUUGCUGGACACAGGCAUGGGAGGAUAGGCCAACUCAGGUUCUCACGAAUCAAGAGAAGAGAGGGGACAGUGUCACAGUGGAGAAGGUGUGGAGAACCAAGGGAAGAGAUGGGACAGUGUCACAGUGGAGAAGGUGUGGAGAACCAAGGGAAGAGAUGGGACAGGAGAGAAGGUGUGGAGAACCAAGGGAAGAGAGGGGAGAGGAGAGAAGGUGUGAAGAAUCAAGAGAAGAGAGGGGACAGUGUCACAGUGGAGAAGGUGUGGAGAACCAAGGGAAGAGAUGGGACAGGAGAGAAGGUGUGGAGAACCAAAAGGGAAGAGAGGGGAGAGGAGAGAAGGUGUGUAGAAUCAAAAGAAGAGAGGGGACUAGAGAGAAAGUGUGGAGAAUCAAGAGAAGAGAGGGGAGAGGAGAGAAGGUGUGGAGAAUCAAGAGAAGAGAGGGGACAGGAGAGAAGGUGUGGAGAAUCGAGGGAAGAGAGGGGACGGAGAGAAGGUGUGGAGAACCAAGGGAAGAGAUGGAACAGUGGAGAAGGUGUGGAGAAUCAAGGGAAGAGAGGGGACAGGAGAGAAGGUGUGGAGAAUCAAGGGAAGAUAUGGGACAGGAGAGAAGGUGUGGAGAAUCAAGGGAAGAGAGGGGACAGGAGAGAAGGUGUGGAGAACCAAGGGAAGAGAUGGAACAGUGGAGAAGGUGUGGAGAAUCAAGGGAAGAGAGGGGACAGGAGAGAAGGUGUGGAGAAUCAAGGGAAGAGAGGGGACAGGAAAGAAGGUGUGGAGAAUCAAGAGAAGAGAGGGGACAGGAGAGAAGGUGUGGAGAAUCAAGAGAAGAGAGGGGACAGGAGAGAAGGUGUGGAGAAUCAACGGAAGAGAGGGGACAGGAGAGAAGGUGUGGAGAAUCAAGAGAAGAGAGGGGACAGGAGAGAAGGUGUGGAGAAUCAAGGGAAGAGAGGGGACAGGAGAAAAGGUGUGGAGAAUCAAGGGAAGAGAGGGGAGAGGAGAGAAGGUGUGGAGAAUCAAGGGAAGAGAUGGGACAGGAGAGAAGGUGUGGAGAAUCAAGGGAAGAUAUGGGACAGGAGAGAAGGUGUGGAGAAUCAAGGGAAGAGAGGGGACAGGAGAGAAGGUUUGGAGAAUCAAGAGAAGAGAGGGGACAGGAGAGAAGGUGUGGAGAAUCAAGGGAAGAGAUAGGACAGGAGAGAAGGUGUGGAGAAUCAAGGGAAGAGAGGGGACAGGAGAGAAGGUGUGGAGAAUCAAGGGAAGAGAGGGGACAGGAGAGAAUGUGUGGAGAAUCAAGGGAAGAGAUGGGACAGGAGAGAAGGUGUGGAGAAUCAAGGGAAGAGAUGGGACAGGAGAGAAGGUGUGGAGAAUCAACGGAGGAGAGGGGACAGGAGAGAGGGUGUGGAGAAUCAAGGGAAGAAAGGGGAGAGGAGAGAAGGUGUGGAGAAUCAAGAGAAGAGAGGGGAGAGGAGAGAAUAGAAAGAAAUUUGUUAGGAUCCUUCACACCAAGUUGA